GGGAGCAAGAUGGCGAUUCCGGGCAGGCAGAAUAUUGUUCUGAGAAGCCACAGACAAGGGUAUGGGCUUAUUUUGCCAAAGAAAACACAGCAGUUGCACCCUGUUUUGCAAAAACCAUCAGUGUUUGGGGAUGAUUCUGAUGAUGAUGAUGAGACCUCCGUGAGUGAAAGUCUUCAGAGGGAAGCUGCUAAGAAGCAGGCCAUGAAACAGACGAAACUGGAAAUUCAGAAGGCCCUUGCAGAAGAUUCCACUGUGUAUGAGUAUGACAGUAUUUAUGAUGAAAUGCAAAAGAAAAAGGAGGAAAGUAAUCCUAAAUUGCUUCUGGGAAAAGAUCGAAAGCCCAAGUAUAUUCACAACUUACUAAAAGCAGUUGAGAUUAGAAAAAAGGAACAAGAAAAGAGAAUGGAAAAGAAAAUACAGAGAGAAAGAGAAAUGGAAAAGGGAGAAUUUGAUGAUAAAGAAGCAUUUGUGACAUCUGCAUACAGGAAAAAACUACAAGAAAGAGCUGAAGAAGAGGAAAGAGAAAAGAGGGCUGCUGCACUUGAAGCACGUUUGGAUGUAACCAAGCAGAAAGAUCUCAGUGGAUUUUAUAGGCACCUACUAAAUCAAGCAGUUGGUGAAGAGGAAGUACCUAAAUGUAGCUUUCGUGAAGCCAGGUCUGAGAUAAAGGAAGAGAAAACACGGGGUUACUCCGAUGAAGUAAAUUCAGAGAACAGAAUAUCACAUGAGAAAUGCAUUCUCCAGACUGGUGUGAAAGAAGAGGAAAACCCAGAUGCGGACAGUGACUUUGAUGCUAAGAGCAGUGAGGAUGAUGAAAUGGAAGAACCUAAAGUGAACUGCAGAAGGGCAAAGGUCACAGAGACCUCAGGGAAUGACUCCAGGCACCACAGGAAUCAAAGUCACUCACAGUCAUCUAGUGAAGAAAGAGGACAUGGUGCCAGACACCACAAAAAAGGUUCCAAGUCACGAGGACAUGAGAAAAGGGAAGAUCAACACCAAGAGAGGCAUUCAAGAGAUCAGGAGGAUCAUUACACUGACCGUGACUACCAGAAAGAAAAGGAUUCUUAUAGGCACAGGGAUGCCAUUCAUAGAGAUUCCCACUGGAAGAGGCAUGAACAAGACGAUAAACUGAGGGCAAGGGACCAAAGAGAAAGAAAUGACAGAGAAUGGAAAAGGGAGAAAGACAGGGAGAAAUAUUGUCCAAGGGAACAAGAAAGAGAAAGAGAACGAAAUGAUCAUGACCGACACAGUGAGAAAGAGAAGGAAGAGAAAAGCAAAGAAAAGGAAGAACAUAUGAAAGUAAGGAAGGAAAGAUAUGAAAAUAAUGAUAAAUACAGAGAUAGGGAAAAACGAGAAUUAAGUGUUCAAUCUUCAGAAAGAAAUCGAGAUAGAAAGGAAAGCAGCCCAAAUUCUAGGGCAAAGGAUAAAUUUCUUGACCAAGAAAGAUCCAGCAAAAUGAGAAACAUGGAAAAGGACAAAGAAAGAAACCAAGAGAAACCCUCUAGUUCUGAAACGUCACUGGGAGCAAAACACAGACUCACAGAGGAAAGGCAAGAAAAGGUUAAAGAACAAGAUAAAGAACAAGAGCGACCACCUGAGGCAGUGAGCAAGUUUGCAAAGCGGAACAGCAAAGAAACAGUAAUGUCAGCUAGAGACAGGUACUUGGCCAGGCAAAUGGCGCGGGUUAAUGCAAAGACCUAUAUUGAGAAAGAAGAUGAUUGAUGGCUGCCCCAAUAAAAAGAUCUGUGGAAGCACAAAAAAUUGUAACUUCUGAAACCUGCUGUAUAAAACCAUUAAAAGAGUAUGUUAACAUGGCUGGAACAGUAUUUUUAAAUAUAUUUUCAAAAUUUUAGGUUUAAAUCAAAAGUCAGUCCUUAUAUCUUGAAUGUUAGGCUAAAUUUAUUUAUAACAUGUACUUAUUGAUACCACAUUCUUUGUUGGAUUCAAGAACCAUAAGACUGGGCUAAGUCUCUGUAGUUAAUGGGGAAAAUUAGCUCCAUGAUGAUUAAAAAAUAAACUCUUAAUAAUGUUUUGUUGCAGGAGCUAUUUUGUUUCUUAAAUACUGUAUUUCAGAUAAAAUAUGUGGACAAUAAAAUAGAGAAUACUGUUAUACUUUAUGUUCUGAAAUUUGUAUUAAAAUGUAAAAUGUGGAUCAUUUAUGAAAAUAACUUACAGCAUAGUUGGCUUAAGUGAAAAUAGAAUGAAAAUAAAAUGCUUAUACAUUUUA